ACAGCAGAAAGGGAGGAGCAAAAAGUGAAGGCUUACAUUUCCUUUGGAGGGACACAGCUCUAGUCUAACCUGCUAAACCGUUCCCAUCACCAUCAGAAAGCAGCAAAGGCAGUGUUCGGGGUGAGAAUGGAUCCCAUCACCACAGCAAAUACUGAAUUUUGCCUUGAUGUGUUCAAAGAGCUGAGCAGUAGCAAUGUGGGAGACAACAUCUUCUUUUCUCCGCUCACGAUGUUUUAUGCUCUAAGCAUGCUUCUCCUGGGGGCCAGGGAAAAGAGCGCUGAACAAAUGGAAAAGGUGCUCCACUAUGACAACUUUUCAGGAUUCUUACAAGCAAAGAUGAAAAAUUCUUCUGAGUGCAGCCAAGGUGGAAGGAUACAUCCUGAGUUCAGAGCCCUGAUAUCCCACAUUAACCAACAGAACUCCCUCAGCAUUGCUAACAGAAUCUACGGGACGAGGGCAAUAGAAUUCCACAAGGAGUACAUAAGAUGCAGUGAGAAACUGUUCCAAGCCAAGCUGCAAACCGUUGAUUUUGAACUAUCUGCAGAAGAGACAAGGAAAAGUAUUAAUGCUUGGGUUAAAAAUAAAACUAACGGAAAAAUCACAAACUUAUUUGGAAAGGGUACAAUUGACCCAUCCUCAGUCAUGAUCCUAGUGAGUGCCAUAUAUUUCAAGGGACAAUGGCAAAAUAAAUUCCAGAAGACAGAUACAGUGAAAGCCCCCUUUCACAUGGGUCUGGGUAAAAGUACAGUUGUGGACAUGAUGUAUCAGACUGGAACGUUUAAGCUGGCCUUCAUAAAGGAGCCACAGAUGCAAGUCCUUGAGCUUCCGUAUGCCAACAACAAACUAAGAAUGAUCAUCCUGCUUCCUGUAGGCACAGCCAGUGUGAGCCAGAUAGAAAAACAUCUGACUGUGAAGAUGCUUCAAGAGUGGACUAGCCCUUCUAACAUGGUGGAAAGAGUAGUGGAUGUUCACAUCCCUAAAUUCAGUCUUUCAGUAAAAUAUGACCUAAACACCCUAUUGAAAUCUCUGGGCAUGAGGGACAUCUUCAACGUGGCCAAAGCUGAUCUCUCUGGCAUGUCACCGGACAAGGGCCUAUAUUUAUCCAAGGUUGUUCACAAGUCAUAUGUGGAUGUCAACGAAGAAGGCACAGAGGCAGCUGCAGCCACCGGGGAAAGUAUUUCUGUGAAGCGACUCCCUGUCAUAGUUCAGUUCACAGCCAAUUGUCCUUUCCUGUUCUUUAUCUGGGAUGAGUCUUAUAAUAUUUUAUUUGCUGGCAAGUUUGCUUCUCCAUAGACAGAGGGCAUUGUGGGGACCUCAGAGAUAGCUAAGUACAGGGGCGAAGAGGGUGACCAUUUGCAUCUCAGCCUUUGUUCCUCUGCAGAGCAAGUCUACCAUCACCUCAGACUGAUCCUGUGAGCUUGUAAUCCUAAGACUCAUGCAGCAAUGUAAAAAGAUCCAUUUGUACCAGUGCCCUUCGGGAUUUCAUAUCUUAGAGACCUCAUUUGAGUACAGAGUGGCUUGAUUGAGUUAGCAGAGAAAUUUAUAAAGGGCUAGAUAUGUUUGGUUUUUCUCUGAGUGAGGAUGUGAAUGAGCGAUUAUUACAAAUCAGAUCAAGGGUUUCUACUUUAGCUCUAUUUUUCAGUAUAAAUUUCCUGCAUGCCUAUGGAUUUUGGCUCAAAAUUCUACAUGGAUCAUAAUAAAUAGACAUAAUGCUUUUAACUCUUUGAAGGUAAGAAUAAAUUGUAUCAGUUAAUUAACUGAAGGAAUGAGCUUUCUUAUUCAGGAAACAUUCCCUUCCCCCUUUUCUUACUUUUUCUAAAAACUUCUUUGAUAAUUUACAUGUUCAUAAUGUAUUUUGGUCUCUUUUCAUCCCUCUUCACUACUCUCUCUCUCAUUCCCCUCCCUCUUUCAUGGAAACCCUUCUUCUUCUUCCCAAUAAUUCCUCCUCCUACACUGAUUCUAGUCUGUGGCCUACUAAGUUUAAAUGGGGGUUGCUGGCAUUAUUAAGUAUGGAUGAGAGCUUUUUUGCUGAAGCAUGGGCCAGGAGACACACUUUAUAGUGUCCUUCCUCGUGCUCAAAUUCUUACCUUCUUUCUUCCCUGUCUUCCACAGUGCUUCCUGAUCCUUGGAAGGGUAUGAUGCAGAUGUCCUGUUUGGGGCUGAGCCCUCAUAACCACAUUGUCUCACUACUGCAAUUUUCUGGCUAAAUCUUUUAUUGGUCAAAAUAUAUAAUAUGUUCCUUCCUCUUUAAAAAUCAGCAAUUCAGUGAAUAUAAUUCUCAGAGAAACAAAAAAUAGAUAUCAGUUGGAUGUUUCUACUUAAAGAGAAUUUCUAUAUUUUUCAUCUAAGAUAACCCAGAGCAAUAACCAGAUGGCAGACGUCACAGUCCAAUGGUUCUGACAUGUACAAGAUUGGUAUAUGUUACAUGGCCUUUUCUGAGGAGACUGGAACAAACAUCUAUUCACUCCAGAUCAGGCACAGAUGACAGAACAAAGGGACAAUUCUAUCAAUGUCUAGCUUAGUUAACCAGUGGUUUUAUUAGGGUUACUUAGAGAAAUAUGAGUGGCAGGCUACCUUCAUGAGAUGAGUUACUCAAAGGCAGCCAUAUCAAUGAAAAACCCAUGCCAGGGUCAGUGAUAGCUCAUGAACACUAUAUCUCUAGACCUCCCUGCAUGACACUGAGGCAAGCUGACUGGUCAUUGAUAUAUGAUAUAUGAUGGAUAUGGAUAAUAUAUUGAGCAAAACAAGAGGACUCACACUAUCUUUUUAACAAGAACUCAUGCGGUAUUUUGGCUUUAGAAUGGAGAGAGAAUUUCCACUGUUAGGGGAUCUCAACCUAUUUUCCCUUAAGGCCUUCAACUGAUUAUGUGUUUUCUACCCAUUUGAUAGAGAUAAUUAGCUUUAUUCAAUGUGUGCUGUUUCAAUUGUUAAUCUUCUGUUAAAAAUACCUUCAUAGCAGCCAGGCUGUUUGUCCAAAUCGCUGGGUGCUGGGGGCCUGGUCAUUGGAAAAAUUAUUAGGAUUGUAGAGAUGGCUCACCAGUUAAGAUCGCUUGCUGUUCUUUCAGAGGUCAUGACCUCAAUUCCCAGCAUUCAAGCUGGGUAGCCAACAGGUAGGAGACAAUCUUUGUCAGCUAUACAUUUGAUAGAAGGUUAUUAUCAAGACUGUGUAAAGAACUAAAAAUCCAAAGAGCUAAGGAAACAAAAGACCCGAUUAAAAAUGAGCUAUGUAUCUGAAAAGAGAAUUCCAAGUAGAAGAAAUAAAAAGACUAAGAAAUUUCUCAAAAGUGCUUAUCAUCCUUGUCAACUAGAAAGUUGAAAGUUAAGAAAACUGAGUUUUUAUCUCACCCCAGUCAGAAUGGCUAAGAUCAACAAAAUAAGUGCCGGCAGAUCCUGGUGCGAAUGUAGGUGAGGGGAACCCUCAUUUACUGUUGAUGAGACUGCAGGGCCAGCUGGGUCCGCCACUCAGGAAAUUAGUGUGGAAAGUU